CAGCUUCUGAACAGUGACGUAUAUCCACACAAAAAGCGUUGUUUAUCUUCAGUUUGUUGACAAGAGAAGCUAUAACAAGAGCAUAUGAUGCCACAUUCCUCCCUACGAGAGUCACGAGCUCACCAGCCAAUCGGUCAAAAACAACACACAUAUAAAUAUCUUUCUUUUGAUUACUUUCCAACAACGGUCGCUAUCAUCUAAAAGUCAUCUACAACUCUUCAUAGCCUUCAUUAGUUGAGUUAACUUCCCUCUCAGACACAAACUGGACCCUUCAGAGCUCAUAAACAUCUUCUUCUUUCUUUCUUCUCUCUUUCUCUCCAUCUCUCAGAUGGGUUUGUUUGGGACGAAGAAGAUCGGCAAGUACGAGAUAGGAAGGACAAUCGGAGAAGGGAACUUCGCAAAAGUGAAACUUGGCUACGACACGACCAAUGGUACCUACGUUGCUGUGAAAAUCAUAGACAAGGCUCUGGUUAUCCAAAAGGGUCUACAGUCUCAAGUCCAGAGAGAGAUACGGACCAUGAAGCUUCUAAACCAUCCCAACAUCGUACAGAUACACGAGGUGAUUGGGACCAAGACAAAGAUCUGUAUUGUGAUGGAAUAUGUUGCUGGUGGCCAGCUUUCAGACAAACUUUGUAGACAUAAGAUGAAAGAAUCAGAUGCCAGGAAGCUUUUUCAACAACUGAUUGAUGCUGUUGACUAUUGUCAUAACAGAGGAGUUUACCACAGAGACCUUAAGCCACAAAACUUGCUUUUAGAUUCAAAGGGUAAUCUCAAAGUCUCUGACUUUGGACUAAGUGCAGUUCCUAAAUCAGGGGAUAUGCUUUCUACAGCUUGUGGGUCUCCAUGCUAUAUAGCACCUGAGCUUAUUAUGAACAAAGGCUACUCAGGAGCAGCAGUGGAUGUGUGGUCUUGUGGAGUUAUUCUAUUUGAGUUGCUUGCUGGUUAUCCACCGUUUGAUGAUCAUACACUUGUGGUUUUGUAUAAGAAGAUACUCAGAGCAGAUUACACAUUCCCACCAGCAUUCACUGGAGCACAGAAGAAGCUAAUCUUUAACAUUCUUGACCCAAAUCCUCAAAGGCGUAUGAAACUAGCUGAGAUAAUCAUUCAAGAUUCUUGGUUCAAGUUAGGUUAUACACCAGCUUAUCAUCACCCAGACUCAAUCAAGGAAAAUGUUGCUGAGAUAAAUGCAGAAACCGCGUCUUCAAAUUUCAUAAACGCUUUUCAGAUAAUAGCAAUGUCCAGUGAUCUAGAUUUGUCAGGUCUCUUAGAAGAACAGGAUGAUAAGAUUUAUAAAACCAAAAUUGGGUCCAAGAACACUGCACAAGAAACAAUCAAGAAGAUUGAAGCUGCAGCAACUUAUGCUAGUUUAUCAGUUGAAAGAAUAAAGCAUUUCAAGGUUAAGAUUCAGCCAAAAGAGAUAAGAUCAAGAUCUUCUUUUGACUUAUUAUCAGCAGAGGUUAUUGAGGUGACUCCAACAAAUUGUCUGAUAGAAAUAUCAAAAUCCGCAGGCGAGUUAAGACUAUACAUGGAGUUUUGCCAGAGUUUAUCCAGCUUGCUUACGGCGGAAGUAAGCUAAGGCCUAAGGGCCAUAGAUUCUCAAGUUAAAUGUCGUGAAAGGCGAUGAAUAUAGGAAGAAAUAAAGCAUAUAUUGCAGAUUGAAGUUGCAGUGACAUGAAGAGAAUGGAUUCAAAGAGUAAUUCAUGUCGUGUGGUGAUCUCAUAAGCAAAUUGAUCUCAUAAGGGUGUAAAAUAAUAGAUUUUUUUCUAAGCAAAUUGUUAAAUAACAAAAUCGAUCAAAAAUAUAAAUGAAGCAGGCAAAUAAAUAUUUUUUCGAAAUAACAAAAAUGUAUUGAUCUCCAAUGCAGUUUAUAGUU